CCUCCUUCCUGUUCCCGAUUGAUAAUGUAUAAAAGGAGGGGGAGGGGGUGGCCCCCCCUAUGUGUCUAUUUUAUUCUCUUGCUCUUCCUGCAAAGUCGUUUCCUGCUCUUCUUUCUUUCUUUCUUCUUUCCACACCUCGCUCGUUUUGCUUGUAAACCCAUCAGCAGCAUAUACCAACACCACCACCACCACCACCAGUAACCACAUCGAUGAUGACUUCGCAUACCAAACGUGUUCAAUUCUCAUGCCAGGUCGAGCUGGUCAGCACCUUUGCAAACGAAGAAUACGAUCGAACAGCACAGGAAGUGGCGAAAUUGACAUACCACGACAUGUUUGAGCUCCUUACACUCAAAUCGGAAAUACGACGACAGAUGGAGGAGCUGCGGAAUGAGCAGGCAGCAAACAGUGACAGUGACGAGGAAAGCAACACAACCGCAGAAGAAAAGGACCAGCCAUCAUCAUCAUCAUCAUCCUUGUCGUCAUCGUCGCUGCCACUGCCGCCGUCGUCUGACGAGGACGGACAGCAGCAACAGCAGCAGCCACAGCACACUAUACCCCCCUGCGACAUUUGCGCCUGAAUCCCUCUGUCAUCGUCUCCUCCUCCCCGUCGCCGUAUACAUACUACUACUCAUACCAUUAUUACCAAAACCACCACCACCACCACCACUGCCAUGACCAUCAUAUCUGACUCUUCCACCGCCUCUUGUACACAUACCAGCACCAUCGUCUACCCUCUAGCCAUUCUCCAUCACUCAUGUUUUUUGUCUUGUAUGCACAGUUUAUUAAUCAAAAUUUCGUCUAAUAUAAAAUAUCAUACUCUA